CUGUUCAUGAUCGACAACUGUGCUGAUGACUGGAGGAUAGCGAUGACAUGGAAGAGGGUAGGCCUAAUAUUGCUGGAAAUGGCCGUGUGUGCUGUACACCCAGUUCCCGGGGAGCAUUAUUUCAUAUGGACCACUAAACUGUCGAAUCAUGGGGGUCGUGUCGAGUCGACCGAGGUGCCCGUCGACGUGACGUUAUCGUUGCCCAUGUUUUUACGUCUGUACCUCAUAUGUCGGGUGAUGUUGUUACACAGCAAAUUGUUUACGGACGCAUCUUCCCGCAGUAUCGGAGCCCUAAACCGGAUCAACUUUAACACUCGCUUUGUGCUUAAGACCCUCAUGACGAUAUGUCCCGGAACAGUGUUGCUUGUGUUUAUGUUGUCCCUCUGGAUUAUCGCCAGCUGGACUCUCCGGCUUUGUGAGAGAUAUCAUGAUGAAGAUCACGCUAACCUUCUAAACACUAUGUGGUUAACCGCCAUUACCUUCCUGUCGGUGGGUUAUGGAGACAUAGUACCAAACACUUACUGUGGCAGAGGGAUAGCCGUUACAACAGGACUUAUG